AAACGCCUCUCUUACUACAGUAUCUGCCUGUCUAUCAAAAAAAUCCUCAAGUAUUACGAGUAUGAAUGUAUGAUAGACUAUCUAAAGAUUCAAUGGUUUAUUGUAAAGAAUGGAUAUUACCUUUUACCCCUGAAUGAGACCCUAUCUGAUUUUGUGCUUGGUUUUAUUUAUAUUGGUCAACUGAAUUACUCAUGAUGUCAGGUCACGGAGGACCCGGGUCAGCUCUUGGUGCACAAAACACUUUGAUACCACCCAAUCUUGUCUCCUCUCAGAGGCAACAUUGCUACCUCUGUGAUUUACCUAGAAUGCCAUGGGCUUUAUUACACGAAUUCAGUGAAGUUGUUUGCCGAGGAUGUGUUAAUUAUGAAGGAGCUGAUAGAAUUGAAUUUAUAAUUGAAAAUGCACGUCACAUGAAACGUGCAACUGCUGUAGCAACAGGAUCCUCUCAUGGUUCUGGUCCAUUUGUUGGUGCAUCGCCAACAGUGUCCCAAGGAAGCUAUGUGAAAAAGGAAAACUAUGUGUCCGGAGAUUUACAUCAUAGUGUAUCAGCACCUCUUUUAAGACAAGCAGCUCAGUACAAAGUUAACGGUGGUAUGCCUUCUGCUGCGGCCGUUGCCGCCAUCAGUUAUGAUCCAAGCCAUCAGCCAGGAGCCACACAAGGAGGACAACGUACCACUCCACCUCAACCAGCAGCUCACUUUGAGUUGGCUGCACAACAAGCAAGAGGCACAGCAAGUCCAAUUCGUACUUUUUCGACCCAACAAAUUGUCUCAGCAGGUCAAAGAUCAAGUAUUACGGGAGGAAAGCGUACUAUACACACGAUAGAUUCAGAUAGAGCGGAUAUCGAUGAUCCAACGCCAUCUAAUAGGUCAACUCUUUUAGCUGCAGUUGAAGAAAGUUCUGGGCCAACUGUAACCCGACCGCCAUUAACAAGAGGUGAAAGUUUACCCGCAGUCAGAACAUCAUCUGGAGUUGCAGCCCUUAGUGACCAUGUAACGUCAGGACUUCGUAAGCCAUCUAGAGAUCAUAUUGGUCAUCAAAUGGUCGGUCGAGUUUACUCUUUCGAUGCAGCUUUAGUAGGAACAAAUAAAGUCGCUACGUCACUUUACCGUUUUUCUGCCGCCUCUUCAGCCUCGCCAUCUUCACCUCCUAACACGACGACGCCGUCAACAACAACCUCCGGAACAACAUCCACAACAACCGCAACAAAUAAAAAGCCACGAGUCGAGAGCAGCAGUAACAACAGUGGCGGUGGUGGUGGAACUCAUACCUCACCUACUACUACACCUCCCACUUCUGCUUCAGGAACACCGCCGGUUUCGCAGCACUCAGCUCCUCUUAAAUGUACCAUUUGCAAUGAAAGACUAGAAGAUACCCAUUUCGUUCAAUGUCCAUCUGUUACCUCACAUAAAUUUUGUUUUCCCUGUUCUCGAACUGCAAUCAAACGACAGCAACAACAACACGCAUCAACGGGUGGACCGGGCCCAGGAGAAGUAUACUGUCCGUCCGGAGAGAAAUGUCCUCUUCUUGGGUCAAGUGUUCCUUGGGCUUUUAUGCAAAAUGAAAUUGCCACAAUUUUGGUUGAAGAUCAUGGAGCUGGUUCACCUUCUUCAUCCUCAGCUCCACCAACUCCACAGACACAGUCACCGGUUGAACAUCUUAACAAUAACAAUAUGAACAAUUCAAAUUCAAGCUAGAAAUUCCAAUUCAUCCAGAUGUUGAUGAUUCCCCUUGACCAUUCAACUAUCAUCAUCAUUCGAUUUUAAUUGGGGGAAGCUUUUGAAUGAAAAAUUUUCCAGCCAAACGGGAGGUUACUGCUUUAUAAAAACAUCCUUUUUUUGUUGUAAAUUAAGUUUACCUCGACACAUUACUGGAUUUAAUUAUACAUUAAUAGACUUCUCACAGUUUGUAAAUAUUAGUUUGUACAAUAACAAAAUCAUCGAUCUUUUCGUUCCAAUUAA